CUCUCGCCGCGGCUGUUGGUGGCUCGGCGGAGCCCUCCAACUCCAUCCCUCUCUGUUUCCAUCCCUUGCUGUCCCAUUCUGUUCCACUGCCGGCUGGGAGCCAUGUCGCUUUUCCAGUCCGCCCUGGACUUCCUGGCGGGCCCCGGCUCUCUGGGCGCCGCCAGCCGCGACCAGAACGAUUUCGUGGGGCAGACGGUGGAGAUGGGCGACAUGAAGCUGCGUAUCAAGCGGGUCAUCGCCGAGGGAGGUUUUGCUUUUGUCUAUGAAGCUCAAGAUCUUGGAAGUGGCAAAGAUUAUGCUUUGAAGCGAUUGUUGUCUAAUGAAGAGGAAAAGAACAAAGCCAUCAUUCAGGAAGUUUGUUUUAUGAAAAAACUUUCAGGUCAUCCCAACAUUGUCCAGUUUUGCUCUGCAGCUUCUAUAGGAAAAGAAGAAUCAGACACGGGGCAGGGAGAGUUUCUUCUGCUUACAGAGCUGUGUAAAGGACAGCUGGUGGAAUUCUUAAAGAAAGUAGAAUGCAAAGGACCUAUCUCUUGUGAUACAGUUUUGAAGAUCUUUUAUCAGACCUGCCGAGCAGUGCAGCAUAUGCAUAAGCAGAAGCCCCCUAUUAUUCAUAGAGACUUAAAGGUGGAAAACUUGCUAAUCAGUAAUCAAGGAACAAUUAAACUUUGUGACUUUGGUAGUGCUACGACUAUAGCUUACUAUCCUGACUACAGCUGGUCUGCGCAGAAGAGAGCACUGGUUGAAGAAGAGAUCACAAGGAAUACCACACCAAUGUACAGGACACCUGAAAUGAUAGACUUGUAUUCAAAUUUUCCAAUUGGUGAAAAGCAGGAUAUUUGGGCCCUGGGCUGUAUCCUGUAUUUGCUAUGCUUUAGGCAACACCCAUUUGAAGAUGGAGCUAAACUUCGCAUAGUCAAUGGGAAAUAUGUCAUCCCACAAAAUGACACCCGUUAUUCUGUGUUUCAUGAUCUUAUUCGCUCUACUUUGAAAGUGAACCCGGAGGAGAGGUUGUCAAUCACUGAACUUGUGAACCAACUGCAGGAGAUUGCAGCAGCUAGGAAUGUCAAUCCUAAAUCCCCCAUCACAGAGCUCCUGGAACAAAAUGGAGGCUAUGGAAACAAUGCUCAGCCUCGGACAUCCGUGACCUCUGUUUCACAGAGCUCCAAGCCUGCAGGGCAGCUCAACAAUUUGUACAAUGCAGGCCUGACCGUUGCGGAAUGUGACCAGACUUAUGGAGGGUUCUUUGAUAUUCUGAGGGGUGGAACAGAGCGAUUUUUCACUAAUAUUAAGGAUACAUCUUCUAAAGUUAUCCAGUCUGUGGCCAAUUAUGCAAAAGGAGACUUGGAUAUAUCAUACAUUACUUCCAGAAUUGCUGUGAUGUCCUUUCCAGCUGAAGGAGUAGAAUCUGCCAUCAAAAAUAACAUAGAAGAUGUGCGGUUGUGUCUGGACUCCAAACAUCCUGGCCAUUAUGCUGUGUAUAAUCUCUCUCCAAGAACAUACAGGCCUUCAAGAUUCCAUAACAGGGUUUCUGAAUGUGGCUGGCCAGCAAGACGAGCACCAAAUCUUCAGAAUCUCUAUAGCAUAUGCAAGAACAUGCAUUUAUGGCUGAAACAAGACCAGAAAAAUGUUUGCAUUGUCCAUUGCCUUGAUGGAAGAGCAGCAUCUGCUGUGGUAGUUUGUUCCUUUCUGUGUUUUUGUCGUCUCUUCACUACUGCUGAGGCUGCUGUUUAUAUGUUCAGUAUGAAACGCUGUCCACCUGGCAUUUGGCCUUCUCAUAAAAGAUACAUUGAGUACAUGUGUGACAUGAUGGCUGAAGAACCCAUUAUUCCUCACAGCAAGCCCAUCCUGAUCAGAUCAAUUGUCAUGACUCCUGUUCCCCUUUUCAGUAAGCAGCGCAAUGGCUGCAGGCCUUUCUGUGAGGUUUAUGUGGGAGAUGAGAGAGUAACCACUACCUCCCAGGAAUAUGACAAAAUGAAGGAGUUCAAAAUUGAAGAUGGGAAAGCAGUAAUCCCAUUGGGUAUAACAGUCCAAGGAGAUGUUCUCAUUGUGAUAUAUCAUGCCAGGUCAACUCUAGGAGGACGACUACAAGCCAAGAUGGCUUCAAUGAAGAUGUUUCAGAUUCAGUUCCAUACAGGCUUUGUGCCCCGAAAUGCCACUACAGUGAAGUUUGCCAAAUAUGAUCUGGAUGCCUGUGACAUACAAGAAAAAUACCCUGAUUUAUUUCAAGUCAAUCUAGAAGUAGAAGUGGAGCCCAGAGAUAGGCCCAGCUGUGAACAGCCACCUUGGGAUAACAUGAACAUAAAGGGACUGAAUCCCAAGAUCCUCUUCUCCACCAGAGAGGAGCAGCAAGAAAUUUUAUCGAAAUUUGGGAAACCAGAGUUGCCUAGACAGCCAGGUUCAACUGCACAAUAUGAAGCGGAGGCAUCCCAAUUGGAGAAGUCUUCAGAAAGUGCGCCUACUGAUACAGAAUCCCCACACAGCAGUAGUACUGAUGCAAACAACUUCUUUCACUCUCUGGACUGGAAAGAAGGAAAAACUCCAGAAAGUGGAAGAGAGGACAGCUCAUCUAAAAAUGAUUGUGUUCAGCUAUCUGAUGACAGGGAAGAGAGUGAUCCUUCAGAUGAGGAGUUCCCAGCAUUUCCAGAUGAAGGAAGUGCAGUAAUUGUUGAUGAAAAAGAUUCUACUCCAGAAGGAGAGUUGCUUUUUGAAGCCAGUUUUGAAGCUCCAUCUGCACCGUUACAAAAAUCUCUCCCUGAAGAGAAUGUAGACUUGCUGGGACUAGACUCUGAUAUUUCAGCAGAACAGAAACAACCUAUCUCAGAAAUAAACUCUUCAUCAAGUAAUGCAGACUUGUUGAACAAUCUGUUUGUGAGUAGUGUGUCACAGGUUUCAAAUGAGCCCACUGGAGAUCUUCUUGGACAAGGAACAGAUUUCUUUUUCAGCAGUCAAUGUUCAGCUGCUACUCAGGAUUUGUCUUCAGCAGCAGCCAUGUCUUCAGCCGAUCCGUUUGACCCAUUCACAAUGGCAUCAAGUUCAGAGAAUCAAGCCCUGUCUGGUCCAGACCUUUUUGGGGACUUCCUUAAUCCAAUCUCAACGUCUACACCUAAUAUAGUUCCUUCCACACAAAGCUCACUUCCACCUUCUUCUAGCUCAGAUUUCUUAAAUUUGGGCAAUUUGACACCAGAGCCACCUAAAAUAUCAUCAUCUACAAGCCACCCAGAUCUCCUAAGUGGAUGGGAUUCUUGGGCAGAUUCCUCAACAACCAGCAAUGUAGCAUCACCACAGCUGAAGCCUGUUUGUGAAGGCCAAGCUUUUACUACCGGAAGCCAGUCCAGUGUGUCUUCGGGUUUGUCUUUCAGCCAGGCGAAAGCUCAGAACUUUGACCCUUUUGCUGAUCUUGCCAACCUGGGAUCUGGUCUUCCAGGUUCAUCCACUGGUGGACUCCUGGGUAGUGGAUUUAGUCAGAAGACUGCUCCAUCUCAAAAGCUGGGAAAUCAAUGGCAGAAAACCUCCAAACCACAAACUACUACAUGGCAGUCCCAGACUAAGUCAAGCACAGCAGCUAAGCCCAACUACACAGUAAACUUGAGUGUUAUUGGAGGACGAGAAGAAAGAGGAGUAAGAGCCCCAAGCUUUGGUCAAAAGCCAAAAGUUUCAGAAAAUGACUUUGAGGAUCUCUUAUCUAAUCAAGGAUUUUCAGCAAAAUCUGAUAAAAAGGGACCAAAGACAAUUGCUGAGAUGAGAAAACAAGAGAUGUCUAAAGAUAUGGACCCCUUGAAACUCAAGAUUCUUGAAUGGAUUGAAGGAAAGGAGAGAAAUAUCAGAGCAUUGAUAUCCACUCUUCAUACAGUGCUUUGGGAAGGGGAAAAUAAGUGGAAACCAGUCAGCAUGGCAGAUUUAGUAACUCCUGAGCAAGUAAAGAAGUACUACAGGAAAGCAGUGCUUGUAGUUCAUCCUGAUAAGGCCACAGGACAGCCCUACGAGCAAUAUGCCAAAAUGAUCUUCAUGGAAUUGAAUGAUGCAUGGUCAGAGUUCGAAAACCAGGGAUCAAAGGCACUUUUCUGAAACUUCUCCUUUCACAGAACUGCUUCCAGAAACUGGAGCUGAGCAUUGUUAUGACUUUACUGCGCCUGAGAUUUGUGAAGCACUUUUCCACGAUUUCAGCACAGUUUCUAGUCAUGCACUUAAAUGUGGGGAUGUAUUUUGUAAGAUAUAGAGUAAAAAACAUUACAUAGAUGCAUUAAGAAAAAAGCUGCUGAGUACCUGUAGAAAUCACAGUCUGGGAGUAAAGGUUUCUCUUCAAUUUUGUAUAAGAAAAAUAGAAUUUAUUGAAGCUAAAUAAUAAGUGAUAGGCUAGUAUUUUAAAUCAUUCCAACUUAAUUGAUCUUUGCUGUACCUCUACCGUCCCAAAUUUGUCUGUUACUUUGAGUAGUUUUGUGAUUCAGUUUUGAUAUUUGGUGCCUGUUGCCUUCUUCAAAGUGCUUUAGUUAGCAGAAGUGAAUUUGCUUGGCUUAUCUCAAACCUAAGGGUGUAUAUUUUCAUCUGUAUUUUAUAUAAUUAAUCUGAUAAUCAUUCUGUAAAUAAUGUUUACUGGUAAUAUGUGUUCCUUACAAUAGAGUAACAGUUGUUUAGCCAAAAAGACACCACAUGUGGGAAAGUCAGACAGGGUUGUUCUUGAUUUUUUUUUUUCUUUUCUUUUUUUUUUUUUUUACAUAUCAUGAAUCUAAAAAGAAGUUUUGACUCUGAAGUCUGCAUGUUCCUGCUGUUUUUUUUAUUUAUUGGAGUACUCUGACCUGUGCUUAUUUUCCUACUCCUUUAAAUGGUGUCUGUUGCUUCUGAAUUCAGUAGAACUUUCCUUUCAUUGCACUUCAAAUACUCUGAUAGAAACAAUGUUACUUUGAAACUUGAAGUGUAAGCACAAACCUUUUACUGUGCUUUGACUUGUCUGAGUAUUAAAUCACUCAUUAUCAUCUGGUGAGCAUUUAAAGUGCUUUCAUAAACAUUUUGCUGCAUGUUUGAACUUCUGUAUUUUUGAGAAACGCAUGGCAUCAGUGCAUGUGAAAACAUGGUGUGUCUUGGUAGAAUGUUGAAUUUCUGCUCACCUAUUUCCAUGCACUGCUUAGUGCAACAUGAGUAGAGACACAACUUGGUAACAAAACUUGCCAUGUUUUCUCAUCCCUGUUCAGAAGGCAUUUUUACACUAGUGCUGAGGUGAAUGAUGGAAAUGACCAAUGACUGUUAUUCUCUGUGUAAUAACAAAAUGCAAUUUCCAUAUCGAGUUUGCAAACGUUGAAAAUUAGUGCUGGGAUAUUAACUCUUCAGCAGCAGUCUCUUGAUACCAGACAGUUGAGCGUUCAAGGGGAUAUUUUGAUCACUUGCCUUUUUAUGUAUUUUGCAUGCUUAUCUGAGAGGGAAUCUGAAUUAUUAGCAGAGGGUAACUGUUCAGCUGAGCAACAUCUGAACGGGAAACAUGAGAUUCUAAUGACACCUGAAAGGUGUGUUGGAUGAGACUUUCCACUGCUGCACCAACCUGAGAGCUGGUGGAUUAGGGACUGCUGAACACUUGCAAUGCCUAGUCUCUAGCUCUGAUAUAACACAGUUACUUAUUAACCUCUGAUCAAAGGUUUUGUUUGUGUAUAUUUGCAUAUAUAUUCAGCUGCUGUGAUUUUUUUUUUUAAGGUGAAGCUAGGAUCAGUUAUGGAUCUGGAAGGUUGUAUAUCAUUCAUAGCUGCUGUUGUAUCUCAGUUACUGCUUUGAAGCAGUUGUAAAUCUCAGUAGAUUUCUUCAUAAAAUGUAUGUAACUUGCUGUCUGAUUUAAAGUAAGAGUUAAUCUUUUUUCCUUGGACAGUUCAUUAAUUGUUUGCAUAUGUGUUCUGCAACCAUGGAAAUUAAAGGCUUCCUCUAGUAGGAUAGGUUUGUGGGAGACCUCUUUACAGUUCUAGGGCAAAUGUUAUCUAGUAAUAGGUUUGAAAAGACAAACAUAGAUACAUAAUAACUUUGACCAUAGUGCUAUAUACAGAUGAAAGAUAAAGCAUUUCUAAGGGGGCUGCCUAGAAUAAGGAAGGACUGCUUUAAAAACCCAUGUUCAUUCAGCACAUACAGGCAACUUAAUUUUGAGGCACACAUUUUUAAUUGCUCUUUUCUUGAAAUACAGGUUUAAAAAAUUAAAACAUGAAAAUUGGGAGGAAAAUAUCUUCCUCUGAUUUGUAUAUUUGGUAGCAUUUUCUGGAUGAUAGCUACAUUAAUCUUUUUUUAAUUUCUCUUGCUUGCAAAAUUUUCUUGAAACAUCAAAGAAGAAACUUAGAUGUGAUUUUAAGUAAACAGGGAAAACAUGGAGUGCAAGUAUUUUACCUGGGACUGAAGAUCUCUUGAAAUUAGCUCUCUCUUUUAAGUAUUAUGGAAAAUCAAGAAGUUUGGCUGUGGAUUCUUCCAAGAGCCAUUAGAUAAUUACUGAAACUUCAGUUGGGUUGACAGAACCACUCAGCUUGUUUUAUGGCUUAGUCUGCUCUGGUUCUCAGUGGGGGAAAUGGCCAAUUCCUCUGUCCUGCUCCUUUCUACAUAAUUGAAUUUUGCUGCUAAGAACUGGGAGAGGCUUGGUUUGGUAAACUGAUAAAUCUUGACAAUUAAACUAUUUUGGGUAAGGUGUUUUGAUUUUGGUUAUAUGUUUUGUAACUGUGCCAUUUCUCUGUGUUACAUGCAAGAAUGUGCAAACAAUGGGGAUUUCAUUAAAGUUCUGUAAGCAAACUAAUUUGGAAAUUAAAAAAAGUUCAAGUGGUGAAUAUGAACAUAA